GUUGCCAUGGGGGCGGCGGCGGCGGCGGGGAGCCGGGCCCGGUGCCGGUGCGGCGGGAAGGGGCGAGUCCGGCUGGACCCCUGCGGGGGGCUCUGCCUCCUCCUCACCUACCUGAGCGUGGGCUACGCCGAUUACGUCAUCCUGGAGCACGUCCUGCUCCAGCCCGGCUUCCGGGACAGCUUCUGGUGUCCUUUCCAUGCGGUGGCUUUUAACCUCGUCGUUCUGAUGCUCCUAAUCUGUCACACCAGGGCUGUAUUUGCUGACCCAGGGGUGGUCCCGCUGCCGGACACCGCCCUCGACUUCUCCGAUCUCAGGAGCAGCAACAGCAGCAACGCCGGGCAUCAGAACAGCCGGAAUAACGAGGACUGGACCGUUUGCAACCGGUGCGAAACCUACCGGCCACCCCGGGCUCACCACUGCCGGAUUUGUCACCGUUGCAUCCGCCGGAUGGAUCAUCACUGCCCUUGGAUCAACAACUGCGUGGGAGAACUUAACCAGAAGUACUUCAUCCAGUUCCUUUUCUACACAGGCUUGGCGAGCCUCUAUGCCAUGGGGCUGAUUUUGGCUACCUGGGUGUGGCCCCUGGACAGGAUCUCAGCCAGCAGAGCCGAAGGCUACGAAGGCGGCGUUGCCGGCAACCCAAUCCAAAUCGCUCACCGGAUCAUCUUGCUGGUGGAAUCCAUGCUCUUCGGCCUCUUCGUCACCGUGAUUCUUUACGACCAGGUGGUCUCCAUCAUCACCGACGAGACCCCCAUCGAGCAGCUGCGCAGCCGGCUUCAGAAAGAGGGUCACACGCGGGGAGGGAGCCACACGCGCAAACCCAAGAUCGCCCUCCUGCGCGAGGUCUUCGGCCGAGGUUUUGUCAUCUGCUGGUUAUUCCCCUGCAACUUCACCACGCCGUCCACCAGCGGACCGGCUUACAGCUACCUGCCCAACUACGACGUCUGAAUGUCCUCUGGCCCGCCAUCCCUCUCUCUGCUCGCUUCUCUUUCUCUUUUUUUGGGGGGGAGGAGAACUGAGGCAGGGUCCCCCCCCCAUUCAUCAGCUGCAGCAAAACAAGACCCCCUCCAGACGAGGUGACCCUAGCUGGAACUAGCUCACUCAAAAGGCCGAAAGGGGCGCGGCCGAUUGGCUGGCCUUCGAAUCUCGGCGCCGUCUUACCGCUUCCUUUGAACUCCUGCAGUGGUGGGAUUCAGACGGUUCUGGCGAACCGGCAGCGUGGCUGUGGGAGGCUCCGCCCACCCACCCGCCCAUCCGGAUGUCAUCACGUCCCGUUUUUUGACGCUUUGCGCACGCCCGGAAGGCCCUGCGCAUGCGCGGAGGUGGGUGCGCGGACCCGCAUUUGCGAACCGGUAGCGAAGGUAAGUGAAUCCCACUCCCGAACUCCUGGCCCAUGGUGCACUUCUUUGAACAGCCGUCCCUGCAGGGAGAGAGACUUUUUGGGGGAACAGCUUGGACCGCGAAACAGAAAUGGGACGUGCGACCCAUAAAACUCUUCCCAAGAGACCAGAUCCCCCCGACGUCCAAGAACGAGAGAUCCCCUGGGAUGAAGCCGGAAUCGUUUCUGUCAUCGGUAGAUCAAUCGAUGACUCUUAAUCCUGACUUUCCCUUACGAAGCCGUUGGGCCCCCAGGCAGGAGUUCAACGGGGAGGGGAGGCCUAAAAUUGACAUCCCUUUCAGCUUGCCCCACCCCCACCCCCCAGCCCGAUUAAAUAACAGUUGCUCCUCCACUUACGACCACCGAUGGGAAACCAGCUAUGUUUCCGUCGUUAAGCAAGGCGCUUCAUUCGGCGAUUCGCAGUUUGAUUUGACAAACUUUUUUUAUAAGUUCAUCCCUGCGGUCGUUCAGCGAAUUGCACCGUCCUUAAGCAAAUCCUGACACCAGUACCCUCUCCCCCCCUACCACCGGCUCGUCGGGAGCCGGCUGGGAAAGGUCACAAAUGACCCUGACUGUCUUUAAGUGCAAGGACCGGUUGUUGUUUUUUUCGGUCCCAUCGUAACUUCUUUCACCAGACGAAUGGUUGUAAGUGAAGGACCUACUGUAUUUAAAUGGGGGCGCUUUUGAUCUCCCGCUCUAGCACCUGUGGGAGGUACAACUCUAUCCCCCUUAUUCCCGAAACAGGCAGGUCAGUCCCGAAAAACAGGGACCGCGCCUUCCCAAACACACAAACACAGCGUCCCUGUUUGUUGUGAGUGUGAUCCCUUUUUUGCUUUGCAAGCCCCCUCCCUUCCUCCCCGGUUCCUUUCAGGUCCUGGGUUCAGAUCCUGCUUAUCUCUCCCUACUUUUUGCACUGCUGGGGGGGGGCAGAGUGUCCCCCCCCUCGACCUCAACCUUCCUUUACUCCUCCAAACUCGUCACCCUGGCCCCUGUUUACCUGUAAAUAGACUUUAUUUAUUAACUUUAUUUAUUGAGGCUCUGCCUCAUUGGCGGUUUUCAAAAAACAGACAAACGGGUAACAGUUCCGUCAGCAGAUGUGUUUGAAGGCCAGCAUGCCGGGAAUGCUGCUCAAAUCAGGCGACAACUGGCUCUUCCUUCCCUGUUUCGGAUCCCUGGGGCUGAUGGAAGCUGGGAUCUGUUCUAGCUAGAUCAGUAUUUCUCAACCUUGGCCACUUUCAGAUGGGUGGACUUCAACUCCCAGAAUGCCCACGCUAGCAUGCUUUAAGAUGGGUGGGCUUUAACUCCCAGAAUUCCUCAGUCUGAAUGCUUUAAGGUGGGUGGACUUCAACUCCCAGAAUUCCUCAACCAGCAUGCUUUAAGAUGGAUGGACUUCUACUCCCAGAAUUCCCCAGUCUGAAUGCUUUAAGGUGGGUGGAUUUCAACUCCCAGAAUUCCUCAGUGAAUGCUUUAAGAUGGAUAGACUUCAACUCCCAGAAUUCCCCAGUCUGAAUGCUUUAAGAUGGAUGGACUUCAACUCCCAGAAUUCCCCAGUCUGAAUGCUUUAAGGUGGGUGGACUUCAACUCCCAGAAUUCCCCAACCAACAUGCUUUAAGAUGGAUGGAUUUCUACUCCCAGAAUUCCUCAGUCUAAAUACUUUAAAGUGGGUGGACUUCAACUCCCAGAAUUCCUCAGUGAAUGUUUUAAGAUGGAUAGACUUCAACUCCCAGAAUUCCCCAGUCUGAAUGCUUUAAGGUGGGUGGACUUCAACUCCCAGAAUUCCUCAACCAGCAUGCUUUAAGAUGGAUGGACUUCUACUCCCAGAAUUCCCCAGUCUGAAUGCUUUAAGAUGGAUGGACUUCAACUCCCAGAAUUCCCCAGUCUGAAUGCUUUAAGGUGGGUGGAUUUCAACUCCCAGAAUUCCUCAGUGAAUGCUUUAAGAUGGAUAGACUUCAACUCCCAGAAUUCCCCAGUCUGAAUGCUUUAAGAUGGAUAGACUUCAACUCCCAGAAUUCCCCAGUCUGAAUGCUUUAAGGUGGAUAGACUUCAACUCCCAGAAUUCCCCAGUCUGAAUGCUUUAAGGUGGGUGGACUUCAACUCCCAGAAUUCCUCAACCAGCAUGCUUUAAGAUGGAUGGACUUCUCCCAGAAUUCCCCAGUCUGAAUGCUUUAAGGUGGGUGGAUUUCAACUCCCAGAAUUCCUCAGUGAAUGCUUUAAGAUGGAUAGACUUCAACUCCCAGAAUUCCCCAGUCUGAAUGCUUUAAGAUGGAUGGACUUCAACUCCCAGAAUUCCCCAGUCUGAAUGCUUUAAGGUGGGUGGACUUCAACUCCCAGAAUUCCCCAACCAACAUGCUUUAAGAUGGAUGGAUUUCUACUCCCAGAAUUCCUCAGUCUAAAUACUUUAAAGUGGGUGGACUUCAACUCCCAGAAUUCCUCAGUGAAUGUUUUAAGAUGGAUAGACUUCAACUCCCAGAAUUCCCCAGUCUGAAUGCUUUAAGGUGGGUGGACUUCAACUCCCAGAAUUCCUCAACCAGCAUGCUUUAAGAUGGAUGGACUUCUACUCCCAGAAUUCCCCAGUCUGAAUGCUUUAAGAUGGAUGGACUUCAACUCCCAGAAUUCCCCAGUCUGAAUGCUUUAAGGUGGGUGGAUUUCAACUCCCAGAAUUCCUCAGUGAAUGCUUUAAGAUGGAUAGACUUCAACUCCCAGAAUUCCCCAGUCUGAAUGCUUUAAGAUGGAUAGACUUCAACUCCCAGAAUUCCCCAGUCUGAAUGCUUUAAGGUGGAUAGACUUCAACUCCCAGAAUUCCCCAGUCUGAAUGCUUUAAGGUGGGUGGACUUCAACUCCCAGAAUUCCUCAGUCUGAAUACUUUUAAGAUGGAUGGACUUCUAUUCCCAGAAUUCCUCAGUCUAAAUACUUUAAGGUGGAUAGACUUCAACUCCCAGCAUUCCCCAGCCAGCCUGCUUUAAGAAGACUCCAAUUCCACGCAAAUUUCACGACACCCCCUGAGUUGCAUCCAGGACCACCAUCCCAUGAGCGCAAAUUUUCGAAACUUUGUAAAAAACAAACCAACCAAAACCCACCAACCCACGUAAACGCGGACUUCAAAUGUGCGAACGACGCCUGUUUUUUACUCCUCCGAGUAAACCUCCGACAUCAAGAUAGGUUCAGAGUAAGACUCUCGCCCUUUCUUUCCUUGAGAAACCUUAUUUGCAGAUUUAAAAAAGAAAAGAAAACAAAAGGCUGAGAGAGCUCAGAUGGAAGAGAUUUUAGAGAAAAGGAAGUUUGUUUAUUUUUUUUAAAAAAAAAGGCAGGCUUGUCCAAUUUGUACGUUGCGAAAGCCCGUCUAAACUUGCCGAAACAUCUGUCGGAGGCAACAGCUGCAUGGAUAGAUCGUGCUGGGGGGUGCUAAGCGCGUUGCGCAAAGGUGCCCCACGUCGUUCCUUCCCCAGCUUGGCGUUUUGCGAAAUCCAGAAAAAUGAACAAAUUCAGCUAUCAGGAUCUCAAAAUGAACUCGGAUGCUUCCCCAAAAAGAAUUCAGUCUACGGCUAGUCCUCGACUUUAACGGCCGUAAUUGAGCCCCGCGUUCCUGUUUCUCGAAGUGAGAAACCUUGGUUGAAGCGAGUUUUGCCCCGUUUUACGAUUGCUAUUUUUUCUUGCCGCCGUUUGUUAAGCGAAUCGCUGGCCGAUGUGAAGUUAGUCGCAUGGUAGUUAAACAAAACUGGCUCGCUUACUGCCUGAGCUCGGGACACCGCAGCCGCCCGUCGCCAAGCCUCCGGAUUUUGAUCCUGUGACCAAGGGGAACGCGACAACCGUCGUAAGCAUGAAAAAUCAUUUUCAUGUGCCGUUGUCAUUUCAAAGGGUCACUAAACAAACCGUUGUAAGUUGAGGACUUACACCCACCUCAUCCGUUUGGAAAAUCGGGGCGGCCUCCCUAAACAUCGGUACCUCACGUUUAUUUUGCGGGGGUUAAUUUGGGGGACCCAAAAAAUGUAUUCCACCCCCCCACGAAAAAAAAAAUCAACUGGACUUUCUCGUUUUUUGCUUUUGAAAACCUUUCGCUUCUUCUCCGAGAAGCUUCUUCGUUUCCCGGACGUGAAAAUGAGAUGCAAAAGCGAGACGUUUUCAAGGACAAUCAAAACAAAAGGAGAAAACCCAGUUAAAUGUUUGGGAAGAAAACCAGUAACCUUCAGGACAACCUUGAAUGAUGAUGGAGAAUCUCCAAAGACGCUUCAUUUGGGAAUGUUUUUCGCUCUUGGGAAAGCCCAGGUGUGUUUCUCAGGGUUCGGCAUCUGACGGGUGUAGCUGAACAAUACAUACCUGCAAACAUU